AUGUUUCUUCGACCUCUAAAUCUUACCUUCAACCACAGCGAGCCUUCAGACGACAUGUUUGGACACUGUGGUGACCUGAUGGCAGGUAUCGUAGUUUGGGCUUCUCUCAGUGCGCUGUUCUCGUUGGUGGGAUGUCCUGCAUGUGGAGCUGUUCUCUGGGAACUUGUGCGGAGACAAAGAUCAGGAGGCUCAAUGACCCCCAACAGCGUCUUCAUGCUCAAUCUCACCAUCAUGGACUUGGUCUUCUUGUUUUUUGUGCCAUUCGGUCUGUGCAACUUCUUCCUGUGGCACAUAAAGUCCAUCCUAUCGUUAAGUAAUUUUUUGUACGCCUUGAACCUGGCUGGACGACCUCUUCUGACCGCGUGCAUCUGUCUGGACUGUUACGUGGCUGUGGUUCAUCCAGUCACCUACAGCAGAAGGAAGAGCCUGACUCCUCGGAUUCUCAUGGCUGCUGUUGUUUGGACCAUCACCGCUGCUCAAGGGAUCAUGUCCACAGUGUUUGAUGAGCUGAACCACAGCGCCUGGGCCAUGUUUGUAUACAUCAUCGCCCUGCCAGCCAUUGUCAUCUGUGAUGUCUCUAUUCUCUGGACUCUGAAGAAGUCCAAUCCUGCUGGAGGAGAACUCCAUCCAAGCAAGCAGAAGGCUUUGCAGAUCAUCAUGAACAGCAUGGUCAUGACCAUCUUCUCCUACGUCCCUCCGGUUCUCGUUUACAUUCUAGGAGAUCUGAUAAUAAGCGAUGAGAAAGAGUAUGACUGCUUUUUAGCAAUACCUAUCCUGGUAACUCCAACUGCAGGGAGUGCAAUCAUGCCACUGCUCUAUCUGGGAAAUCUGGGAGCUUUGAGGAGUUUUUGCUGA